AUGUUACUUCGACUUUUUCUUCCAUAUUUUCUACCGAAUUUCAUAUUUAGUUUCGAACUUCAUCCAAAACCUGAGAUCAGGUAAGUUUGAAAGGAAUGUCAAAAAUAAUGAAGGUUUUUGAAUUUCAGAAAAUGCUUCAGUUGUUCAGUGUUCACAUUUAUAAAUUCAAGAUUGGUUUGUGCAAAUCCAUCGACUUGUGAAGCUGAUUAUUGUUAUACGUGUAAGUAUUUUGGAAUAUAGCAAAGUCUAGAUUUUGUUUUGAAAACUGUAUUCAUAUUUUUCGAAAAGUUUAAACAAAUUCAAGACUCAUUGGUCAACUACAGUAAUCCAUAAAAAAUCAUGCUCUUUCGAAAUUUUGGCCAAUGCCUAAUUUCAUGAUUUUUCAAACCUUGAUCCUGCAAACUUAUUUCCAAAUUCUCAUUUCAUUUUCAGAUAUAACAUCAGAUGCAAGAUCAAUUUACCUUUCCGGUUGCGCAGAAGAUGUCUCAGAUUUCAAUAUUCGCGGUUUCGAUACCCAAAUCAAAUGUCAUACUCGUAAUGCAAUUGGUUUAUGUGUUUGUGCGAAUACAAAUGCAAUAAAUUCGUGUCAACAUAUAUUUCCACAAGACAAAAAUGGACCAAUUCGUCGAAAUUUGACAACAUUAUUAGAAUGGUAUGACACAGAUCUAACAAUGAUCAAUGCAAUUUCUCAUGUAAGUGAACAUCUAAAGAUAUAAAUAAGUAAAACAAAAUAAAUAUUUUAGAGAGUAACUGGAUUCUCGGCUGAUUAUGCUCGUAAUCGUGUUGGUCAAAUGCGCCUCGAACAUUUUCCCGAAAGAUUUCCGGGUUCUCCAAUUUCUCAAUCUUCUUUUCCAUCUUUCCUAAUUCUUCCAAUUCUUUCAUUUCUAAUUAUGUUGUAG